AUGUCAAAUUUCUGCUCAAAAAUGGGAUAAAAAGUGUUUUUCAGGUACAACCAUUUUGUAGUCUCCUUAUGUCCAUAACGGUUGUUCCAUUUGUGACCGGAACGUCCUUUUCACGUUUUCAAAUCGAAGCAGAUUAUGGUUGUGUCUUAGUUUGAGGGCUCAAAAUUAAAGGUACUGCGAAGGCUUCCUGUGAUGUCCAGGCUACAAGAGGAAUCAUCCAUUCUUGGUAUAGCCUCUACAUCACAGGAAAGCCCAAGUUUAAUGGAAAGUGAAAAGCUAAGAGUUACUCUGUUAGGUAGUGAAUGGAGCUCAUCUAAAGGAGGCUUGUCAACUAUUAACAGGGAGCUGGCAAUUCAGUUAGCAAAACAUCCCAAUGUUGAUGUCAGUGUGUAUCUUCCAAGUUGUAGUGAUGAGGACAGGAGAGCUGCCAGUAGCCAUAAAGUUCAGCUGAUUGAAGCCCAAGAAUCCCCUGGUUUUGAUCAGCCAAUUGAUUGGUUGGUUUCUUUACCUAAUGGCCAUUAUCCACACUGUGUCAUAGGGCAUGGAGUACAUCUUGGUCGACAGAUACCACACAUUCAAAAGCAGCAACCUUGCAAGUGGAUCCAGGUUGUUCACACAGCUCCAGAAGAACUUGGAAUGUUCAAAAGUUAUGAGGAAGCCAUUUCCAGAGGUGAGAAGAAACAUCGUGCAGAAGUACGACUUUGUGAGUUAGCUGAUGAAGUGGUUGCAAUUGGACCAAAGCUGGCAAAUGCCUACUCUCGCUACCUUCGCUUCUGCAAGAAAGAUCAGCAUGUAUUCAACCUCACUCCAAGUAUUUUUACUGAGUUCAGUAACAUUGAACAGGCCUCAGAAGAAAGGGAGAACUUUUGUGUUCUAGUUUUUGGGCGUGGUGACCAUGAAGAUUUUGAGCUGAAAGGAUAUGAUAUCGCAAUGGAAGCAAUUGCCCAAUUGAAAGACGAGUCAUACCAGCUAAAGUUUGUUGGCGCACCUGAAGGAAAAGAGAAAGAAGUGGUAAGCAAGUUGCUUCACUAUGGCAUUCCUCGUAGUCAACUAACUGUUCGCUGCUUCAAAGAAGAUCGAGAACAGCUAGCCAAUUUAUUCUGUGAAGCUGAUCUGGCAAUCAUGCCUUCAAGAACUGAAGGAUUUGGUUUGACUGGGCUGGAAGCCCUAUCCGCUGGCCUGCCUGUCCUUGUAAGUGGUAACUCUGGACUUGGAGAGGCAUUGGAGGAAGUUCCUGGUGGUUCCCUGUGUGUAAUUCAUUCAGAGAAUCCUAAAAAAUGGGCCAAAGCCAUCAGUGUCAUCCGUCAGAAAAAAAGGAUGGUGCGACUUGAAGAAGCCACUCUUCUUCGCGAAGAGUAUGCAGCAAAGUACAGCUGGCAGAGACAGUGUGAAAGUCUUGUUGCGAAAAUGGUGAAUCUUGUAUCUGGUGGGAAUGAACAAGUCAUUCGUGACCUUCAACAGUGGCAACAGAAUGCCAGUAGAUAUAAGAUCAGCAGCAACACAGACCCACUCUCAGACUUAAAGAAGAUUGCUUCAGAAAAGGGCUAUAAAAUUUCUGACAAUCAAGGGUCAGGGAAUUGUAUGUUCUAUGCCUUGUCAGAGCAACUGGAGACUGUCAAAGGAGUAAAGAUCCAUCAUUUUGAAUUGAGGCGGUCCUUAGUUCAGUAUCUAAGAGAGCACCCAAAACUGGUGGAUGGAACAGAUCUGUUUCACUUUGUUGAUAGACACACAACGUGGGGUGGUUACUUAACAGGCAUGGAACAAGAUGGCACUUGGGGUGAUCAUAUGAUUCUCUGGGCUGCAGCAAAUUGUUAUCAAAUAGCCAUUCAUGUGAUUAGUAGUCUUCCAGGCUAUAGUGAGGUAAUUAUCAAGCCAGAUUGUCCAUUUGACCAAAAAACUAGGGCAACUACACCAGGGAGGGAUAAGAGACCAGCAUCUGUCAGUGCAGAUCAGCCUCGCAAGCAACUCAGGAAAGAGUUGACUAAUCAUGACUACUGUGAAGCAAACUGUUAUCAAAUAGCCAUUCAUGUGAUUAGUAGUCUUCCAGGCCAGAGUGAGGUAAUUAUCAAACCAGCUUUUCCAUUUGACCAAAGGAAGCAUCUUGUACUGGGACAUGUCCACGAAGUACACUAUGUCAGCUUUCAGCCCUUGCAAGAAAUUAGAGAAACUAUACCAGAGAGGGAUGAGAGAUCAGCAUCUGUCAGUGCAGAUCAGCCUUGCAAGGAACUCAAGGAAGAGUUGACUACUGAUGACUACAGUAAAGAUUCUGUAUUAAAGAAGUCCAGGCAAGCUUCAAAUGAAAAGGUUAAACGACGUUCGUCCUCCGUUGCCACUCAAUCUGAGAAGCGCCUUAAAGAUGCCGCGUUAAACAAGUCCAGGCAAGCUUCAAAGGAAAAGGUUAAACGACGUUCGUCCUCUGUUGCCACUCAAUCUGUGAAGCGCCGUAAAGAUGCCGCGGUAAACAAGUCCAGGCAAGCCUUAAAUGAAAAGGUUAAACGACGUUCGUCCUCUGUUGCCACUCAAUCUGUGAAGCGCCGUAAAGGUUCCAAUCAUUGUCUAAUUGUGGAACACCUUGAAGGUGAAUACAUCAGACGCUCCAAUUUAAAACCACUGCUGUGGGAUAGCGACAUCCAACUACCUAUUGAUGAAGUCUACACAAGGUUGCAAAUGAAAUGGAGAAAGAAGGCGUACCUUCAUCUAACAGAGAAGGAGGUUCACAUGUAUGAAAUUUUCAAGCCUGCUAGGGAGGGUGAAAAGGGCGCCAGAAUGGUACUUGUAGAAGGAAACCCUGGGAUUGGGAAGACUACGUUUUGCCUUAAAAUUGCAAGUGAUUGGGCCAAAAAAGUAGUACCAGUAGAGUUUCACUUCCCCAUGUUUCAGUUGUUGUUUCUUCUGAAAUGCGGUGAUAUUCACGAAGAUACUAAAGACAUAGUACAAGCCAUCGAUGAGCAACUUCUGAAUGAUGACAUUAACAAUAAGGAAGAAUUCUUGGAUUACAUCAGAGAUGGUAAGAAUCAGGACAAGAUUCUUUUAAUUCUGGAUGGUCUUGAUGAGUUACCAGAAGCAUCAGAAAAAGUCGUAGAUAGGCUAUUUAGAAGAAAAGUUUUCUCGCGCUGUUUUAUUUUGGCCACCUCACGCGAAGAAAAAGGAAUCGAUGUCCGGCGGCGCUAUGACUUUGAUACACUUUUGCAGAUUAAAGGGUUCAACUCAGAGGACGCUACAGAUUACAUCAGAAAGCAUUUUAAAAGCGUUGAUCCACAAAAUUUGUCAAAAGGCGAUAGGCUCAUUGAAGCUGUUGAAACAAAUACUCACCUAAGAGUGCUAAGGAGCAAUCCGUUGAAUCUACUUCUCUUGUGCGUUGUCUUUGAAGACUUUCAAGGGGAACUACCAUCUAAUCGCACUAAGCUUUAUCAGAUUAUUUUUCGAUGCUUGUUGAGGCGAUAUUGCUCCCGAAAUGGCUUGAACGUUCAUCGGAAUGCCGACGAAGCCCUAGAGAAUCAAUUUAAAGAGUCCCUACUUGUGCUAGGGGAGUUAGCGUGGAAUUGUCUUCGAGAAGACCGCCGUUCGUUUUCGGAAGAGGAACUGGACAAGUUAGAACAUUCGAGGACCCAUUUGAGAAGAUUUCCAGCUAUCAAAUUGGGCCUUGUUUUCAUGGAAGCCAGUUCAAGGCCAAGUCAGGAACCAAGACAUCAGUGUCAUUUUCUUCACAAAACAUUUCAAGAGUUUUUAGCUGCCUUUUACCUAGCGAACCAGUUGUCAAGGAGACAACUUAACCUUACUGAUCAUUCUGUUUUCCGCAAAGAAAGUAUGGUAGGUAGAUACAAAGAAGUAUUUUUCUUUUUAGCUGGCAUAUUAGGCAGGGAAGGAACGGUGUUUUUCAAAGAGAUCGUAACGAUUUUAAGAGAAGACUUCCACUGGGACUACUCGGACGCAGAGUGUCAGUUCUUAAUUGAGCUUUUAAAAGAAAGUGGUGCUGCAGACGAUUUAGGCAAAGUUGCCUGCUCCCGUUUUCCAUUACCAAACGUUUUGAAGUUGGAUCAGCUCCAGUGGUCUUUGUUGAAACUUAUACGAUAUGUGUGCGAAGGCGCCAUACUCGAAGGUGAUGUGGCAUCAGUGCAGCUUACUAAACUGAGCCUGUCGGACAUGCAGUUUUUUAGUAAAGACAAUGUGAACGAUCUCCAUGGAAUUCUCGGAAGCAGUCAAACUCUCACAGAGCUUGUCAUUGGUGAUAUCGAGAACAUGUCCCCUGAUGUUGCAGAUCUGUUCGCUGAGAGUUUUUCGUCAAGCACGUCACUAAGAACAGCCACGCUAAAACUGUUUGACGUGAGUAGAGAGAGUUGCGCCAGUAAUGUUAGUACCUUGUUAUCGACUCUCUCGCAAUUGGAAUGUCUUUCGCUUGAAGUCUUUGGUGUUCUGAACAACACUGCUGCACAAGCCGUGAAAGCGUUAUUCAAAUCAUCGCUAAUUUCUCUCGUGCUUAUUGUUCAUGGGGAUCAGAAUGACUGUUUAAUGUCGACUGUUAGUGAAGGACUUGCAGAAGAAACCGCGGUGGAGUCUCUUAGUCUUGUCGUUUAUGGAAGAGUUAGCAACCCUGGAAUCGUAGCAGUGCAGAAAGGUGUUCUGCGAAAUAAAACUUUACAUUCUUUAGAGUUAAAGGUUUACGGAGAUAUCCCAGAAGCGUGGAUGGCAGCUGUUGCUACCGUACUGGCAGCCAAUAAGUCAUGGAAGUCUCUUAUUAUUCACCCAAAUGUGUGUGGGAAAAUUAAAUAUGAAGCAGGUUUGCUGCCCUAUCCUAUUCUAGGUGAUGCUCCACUAGAGAAGUCAUUAACCGUGAACGUCUGUGGUGAACUGAGCGUUCACAGCUUAAAAGCCCUUACAGAGUUUUUCAAGGAAAGUUCGCCACUAUCUGGUUUGCAAAUGAAUGUCCAAAGUAAACAAAGCAAUGAAGUCGUGGAUUGUCUAGUAGACUAUUUUCUGGCUAACAAUUCACUGUCCUCAGACAGUAUUAUUAACCUUAGUGGUGAAAUCAGAAGCUACGAAGGAACUGCUCUUCAGAGAUUAGUUCAAGAGGGUCAAAAACAUUCUGUCUCAGUGUACUUGAAUGGUCUUGAUGAGGAUCACUUAUUAAGUGGUUUUUAUAUUCUCCCCAAUUUUUCGUCAGCGUCGGCCACGUUUUUAGUUGAUGGAAAGACUGCCACAUACCUUGAAGUCAUCAAACUAUUAAGCUCUGCGACAACAUUCUCGUUCAAUCUCACAGUUAAUCAUCACGCUGAAGACAUCACGGGAGACUGGGGCAGCGGUGUGGGUCAUGGUUUGGCGAACAGCAGAUCACUAACUACAUUCAGUCUCACAGUUAUUAAUCACGCUGAAGACAUCACGGGAGACUGGGCCAGCGGUGUGGGUCAUGGUUUGGCGAACAGCAGAUCAGUAACUACAUUCAGUCUCACAGUAAACAAUUACGCUGAAGACAUCAAGGGAGACUGGGGCAGCCGUGUGGGUCAUGGUUUGGCGAAGAGCAGAUCACUAACUACAUUCAGUCUCACAGUUAACAAUCACGCUGAAGACAAGGGACUCUGGGCCAGCGUUGUGGGUGAUGGUUUGGCGAACAGCAGCUCAUUAACUACAUUCAGUCUUACCGUUAAUAAUCACGCGGGCGAAAUAGGUCGCUGGACGAACGACUUAAGCAAGGGCUUGGUAAAGAGCGGUUCUUUAACAACGAUAAGAGUAGCAUUUAACUUGUACGGUGAGGACAGAAUUCGCUAGAUGUUUAGCCAGUCUCUCUCCCAUCUAUUUUUUCCCUUUCUAUUGAAUGCGUGGAUAGAACUUCGUAGAGCUAGAAAUUAGCAUAAGGACACAGUUGAAGAGAAACAACCGUGUUAAAAUUCAUUUUAUUUGUCGGUAGAGACUGUAAGAAGUUUACUAAAAUUUUGGUCGGGACACAAGAAUUCAAACACUUAACAUACUUUUCUUCGUCUUAUGCUUAGCAGUGUUGUUAGUGAAGUGUAUUUGCUUGUACAUGAAAGAGUUCAUUUUUAGUAGGUGUUAAAAAUAGCAUUUGUUCGUGCUAGUUUUACUCUUUGCACAAUCUGUGUCAGGGUGGCAAAUUUUUGGUUCGAACCAGCAGUAUACAUUAAUCUAUAGCUGACAAAAAAGACAGAAGAACAUCGGUCCGCAAACAUGAAUUAGAAACACGGCCCUUUGCGCCUUUUAACGCGAGGAGUGCGUAUGAUAUUGGUUACAAACGAACUUGUAGAUCUGAUGCAUUGAAAAUACCAGAAUACCGGGAUGAAAAUGAAACCGAGGUUGCUGAACAUUGUAGUUUUAUUACGCUACUGGUACAGUUUUAGUGAUCUUUUUUAUUUACUGUUGUGAACGUUUUUUUAAGAUGAGCCCAAAGGUAGAUGCGCUGUAUCAAAUUUUCUGUGAACUAAAGUUUCUUUAAAAUUUAUU